CUUCCAAAUUAACUUUAAAAAAUUAAACCUAAAAUGAUAAAAAAUGUUAACCCACGCAUGAGUUUUUGGCGCUGAAUAGAAAUUGACAGAUAUUUUGAAGUCCGAAAAGCUCACUUCGUUUGGGCCUUGGAGUGAGUCUCUUCUCUGACCGUGCUCGCAAUCGCACCCAGAAAUGUAGGAUUGUUGAUACAAGAUGCAGGAAGAUUGGAAGCCAAUGAUUGGUAUGGUUUUCGAUAGCAUCGAAGAUGCUUGGAAGUUCUGGGUUGAUUAUGGUGGAAAAAUUGGAUUUAGAGUGAGGAAACAAUAUUCACACAAGAAAAAAGAUGGCUCAAUUAGUUCUUCUAGGUUUGUUUGUUGCAAGGAAGGUUUGCGAAAGCCAGAUAAGCGAGAUUAUAAAAUAAUCAAUCCAAGACCUGAGACAAGAACAAGUUGUCCAGCUAGGAUAGGGUUUAAGGAUAUGGGUGGAAAAUUUACCGUCUAUGAUUUCGUGGAGGAACAUAACCACUCGUUACAUCCACAAGAAACUCAGUAUAUGUUGUCGUCUGAACAAAAGGUUUCGGAAGUUCAAUGCCAUCAAAUUGAACUAGCAGAUGAAAAUGGUCUACAACAAAGUGUGUUACUUGAUUUGACGAGUAAAAAGGUGGGUGGUAGUACUAGUAGUGACUGUGGAUAUGCUCUUUCGGAUCAAAAGAAUAAUAUCCGAAAAAGAAGGAAGAUGAGUUUGGUGAAUGGAGAAGUCAAUUAUCUCUUGCAAUACUUUCAAAGAAAGUUGGUUGAAAAUCCAACUUCCUACCAUGCCUAUCAAAUAGAUGAUGAAAAUAAAAUCACCAAUGUGUUUUGGGCGGAUGCAGGAAUGCUAGUUGAUUAUGGCUAUUUUGGUGAUGUGGUUUUUCUUGAUUCAACGUAUUGCACAGAUAGUUCACAGAGACCACUAGUAGUGUUUUCAGGAUUUAACCAUCAUCGAAGAACUGUGAUCUUUGGGGCUGCAUUGUUAUAUGAUGAAACAAGAAAGUCAUACAAGUGGCUAUUUGAGAGAUUUCUAGAGGCACACAAGCAGAAAAUGCCUCAAACGAUUUUUACUGCUCAAAACCUAACAAUGGAAAAAGCGCUAGUUGUUGUUAUGCCUAAGACUUACCAUGGCUUAUGUACGCGGCGGUUGAUUCAGGAUGGUAUUGAGAACUUAGGAAAUUUAAUGAAGGAUGGGUCUGAUUUUCUCAUUGACUUUAAGAAGUGCAUGUAUGACUAUGAAGAUGAAGAACAAUUUGAAAAUGGUUGGAAAACCCUCAUUGAAAGGUAUAAUGUUAAGGAAAAUACUUGGUUGCAGAGAAUGUACACUAUGAAGAAGAAAUGGGCAGCUUGUUAUAUGAAGAGCACUUUUACAUUAGGAAUGCAAAGCACCCAAUUUAGUGAAAGUGUGAAUGCAAAUAUUAUAAGUUUUAUGAAGACAGACUUGGAUAUAAUCAAGUUUUUUGAGCAUUUUGAGAACAUUGUAGAAGAAAAUAGAUUUCACGAAUUGAAGUGUGAAUAUGAAGCACGUCUAGAAAACUCAAGACUCAAGUACCCUUAUUCUGGACUCUUGCAACAUGUGUCUAAGCUUUAUGCUCCCACUAUUUUUGAUCUAUUCCAACACGAGUAUGAGUUAUUUGAAGCAUGUUCUGUGAAAAGCAAGAACCUGAACCUGCAAGCAUCCACAAUUGAUUUUGUUAUUUCCAUGGUAGGGGAUAUGGGAGAGUGGCGUUUGUCCUUUGAUUUGGAUAAGACUAAAAUAAGUUGCUCGUGUCGUAAGUUUGAGAGCUUUGGUAUACUUUGUUGUCAUUGUGUAAAAGUCUUUAUUCAUAUGGAUGUCAAAUCAGUACCCACACGUUAUAUUUUGAAAAGGUUGACGAAGUUGGCAAGAAGUGGGGCUUCACCUAAUGUUGGUGUUAGUCACGGGGUAGAAGAUAUUGAUCUAUCCCCAAUGCAACGCUACAAGGAAAUUUGUCCCCGUCUAAUUAGGAUAGCCAUUGAAGCAUGUAGAAGCAAAGAAACAUUCACGUUCCUUAGCAAAGUUAUUGAUGAAUUGGAUAGGCAAAUGUUAGAGCUUCAAAACAAUCAAGCAAGUAUUUCUCAAGGGAGUCCCUUAGCUAAGGUAAGAGAUAGCAUGUAGCAUUGGUUUCAUCUUGUGUAAGAAAACCACAUCACUUUUAAGUGAAUGUCACUAGUUUUACUAGCUUGUUGAUGGUAAGUUACGGUUGUAUGACUUUUGAAUAUAGUGCUCAUUGUUUUUUGGAUAUAGUUUUUUUUCCUUUUACUAUUUAAAUUAUACUUAUUUGAAUCCCAUCAUCUCUUUCUCUCUUUGGAUAAUAAAUUUCUGAUAGUAGGAUUUUUAGCUUCAAACUCCAGCCUACUGCUAUACUGUGUAUAUGCAAUAGAGUUUAAUAGCAAUAAAAUAAAGUGAAGUAAUGAAAGGACUGCAAUAUGAAAAGAAUAUCUUCGAAACCCUUGGCACCAUUUUACAACUGCAAAAUAAAUGCAGUGCAUACUUCAAAUCUGCAAAGUUUGUAAGCCCAACAAACAAGCUUGGCAAAACACGACUUUGAACUCCUCAGACUUUAAACUGUUGCAUUGUUAACAAAUUUAAAGAAAAGAAGUUGCAGCAGCUAGAAAGAAAUGGGUGGUCCUGUUUUUUCUCCAGUCUGUUGCCGUGGGUGGUCGCUAGCCGGCUGAAUACUCCCUCACCCUCUCUUUAAGACAUCUCACACUGUUUUCUUCUUGAAAAGUUGCAGGUCCUGUGCGCGUGGUAAACUUGGAGUAUCGUUUUUUUGUUAUUAUUUUUAUCUAACAUAUCUCAGCUGUUUGAUUUGUGUUAUAGAGUGCAGCAGAGUAUCCGAACGCAGUCCAACCUACCUCACUGUUUCUUAAUCCUAGUAAGUUCUGUGAAAAAUAUGCGAUUCUAUUUCUUGUGGUCACUUUAUUGAUCCACAGUUUAUGAUUUGCCUUUUAAGAAGUUUGGUAGAUAGAUAUCCACAAAAGGAUUCCAAGGAAGAUGGUAUGAGAAUAUCUGAAUGUGAAAAGAAAUAGUUUGCACUUUCCAAUGACACAAAGUUAGCAUUAGCUUCCGCUUAACAAAUAUGCUGAUUUUAACUGAUCAUGAUCCGACGGAGUAAACUGAUUUUCACUAAUGUUGUAAUAUAUGGUAAUAAUUACUCUCCUCUAUUAACUACCCAUACCCUGCUACUCAAUUGUGAUUGGAAUAUGGUUUCUGUUACGAAAAGGAAUCUAGUGCUUGUGUAUUUAGUCUUUUUGAGAAUAAUAAACGGGACUUAUUCCUGUACUGUUUAUGUGGACUCACUCUUGGUGAGAUAGCUCAGAAUGCUAUAGUUUAUUUAAAAGGGAAUGUUUUCCAUAGUGCAUUAGAAGAGCAACAUAUAUUCUUGUUUUUGUUAUGAAGUCUGUUACAUACUUCCCAUUACCCAUUUUUACAUAUCAGUUUGUGUUGAUUAAUUAAUUUAUCUAAAAAAAAUUCCAGGAAUGUCCAGAUAAUUUCAUGCUAUUCAUAGUUGAUUCUCUCUUUUCGUAACUAUUUAAAAACUUGUUAAUUUUUUUCACUUAGAUGACUCCAUUCAAUUUGUUUCAAAAGCAAAUUGCUCAUAAGGAUGUCAUUGCAUUACAUAUCAUUUAGUUUUUUGUCCUAGUUUUAUUUUCUGAAUAUUUUGUCAAUUGUAUAUUGUCUCUGUUUUGUGAAUGUUUUAGCUCAAAUAGCUAGUUUUUGAUGGAUUAAUUUGCUGGCAAGUUUUUGGCUGUUUAUCGUUUAGUUUAUCUAUUUUGACAUGACAUGCUUUUGGCCGUUUAUCUAUCUGUUGGUAUAUUUCUCUUAUCCGCGCCUUUACAUUUGCUAUAAUAUCAGAAAUUGCGUUUCCUUUGCAUAGUUGUGAUUUGUAAGUUGUUAUUGCGUGACAUCUUGUAGUGUGAUUACAUGUUUGGUUUCAUCUGCUGUUGUGCGUUUAGUUUUUUUUUUCCUUCUUGUUUUUUGAUUUUUAACAAAGGAGAAGAAGUUUAUGAGAUACAUAUAAAUUUUUUAUGCGGAUUAAGUAUUUAAUGUAGGGGGGAGCUUGAGAGCUCAAGAACAUCAAUAUUGUUUGUGUGAAGAACAAUGAUCGGAAUCGAUCUCGCGGAUAUAUCAAAUUUGCCAAACAUAAAAAAAAGGAGAGAUUGAAAUUGCGAUUGCGCUGUCUGUAACGACGUUAAUUUCAUUUAAAUUCAUCAGUGUAAUUUUGAUGUAAUCGAUUGUAGCAUUUUAUUCAUUAUCUGAUUUCUUAAUUUUUACCAUAGAAAUGAACUUUGAGUUAUCCCUCACA